UUUGUUUCGGCGUCACGUGACUCGCUCCACUUCCUGUCCUUCAAGAAAACUGCGGCGUAUACGGGACGCCAGAGAAAGAGCAAUAUGUGAGCGGCUGCGCCUGGACGAAAGUGAAACUGUCGAGCUGGGUGAUCGAGAUGAUGAGCGCCGAGGACUAUCGUGAGGAAAGUCCAAACAGACAAAAGAAAGUAACUUCAGGAAAAAUGUGUGAGAUUUUGAAGCGAUGGAGGGAGAUCCCAAUAUGGCAGAAGGAGGAAACUUUGCAGAAGAUUCACUUCCAUGUGUUUUGGUUUCCCAUCGUGUUCCAGCAGCAGCAUAAUUGCACCGGACUCUGGCCUAAGCAGCUGGGUUUCCCCGAAAUCAAUGCUACCAGUGAGCUGAGUCUGCAGACUGUGCAGAGGAUAGAAAUCUUGGAAUCCAUUCUGAGAGUAGUGGAAAGGGGAUGUCUGUCUGAAGAUUUGACAAAGCAAAUGAUCGAAAUAGGCAAUAGAUUUAAUAUGGGCCACAGAUGCAUGAACGAGGCUGUUGAAUGGCUGAUUAAGGCUGGAGAUGCCCUCGUAGUGUUUCUGUUCCAGGAGCUGACAGCCACGCUGGAACAUCCCCUCGCACUUGUAUACAUCUUCACUCAGUAUUCCCGGUAUGUGGAGAUCAGUGUUUGCGAACCGGAAAGGUUUCUUGAAGAGUGGACCACUGUCUCACAGCAGUCUGUGGAAAAAAGCGAAGAAAUGAAAAAUAACGGGAAUGAACAUUUUCAGAAAGGAGAUUAUGGUGCAGCUGUGAAGUUCUACACUAAAGCAAUCAAAUUUAACCCACAAAACCAUAUUCUCUAUGCAAAUAGAGCACUUUCGUAUAUACGCAGUGAAAGAUAUUUAAAAGCUGUUGGUGAUGGAAAACGUGCCACCUUACUUAAGCCAGGUUGGGCAAAGGGCCACUACCGUUUCUGCGAUGCACUUUUCAUGCUUGGCGAGCAUCAGAGGGCUGUGAUGGCGAAUGAGCGAGCCCAAGAGCUGUGUUACAAGGAUGCAGACGGCGUCCGAGACCUGCUGCAACAGAAUAUACGUUUCAAAAUGGAGAUGGAACCCAGCAGAGGUAUUGUUAAAAGGAAGAAAAAGAAAGCAAAUUCAGAUUCUAGUAAAAGGCCGGAUGUGAAUCUCAGCAUGGACAAAGAAAGUCUUCAUAAUAUGGAGCCUACUAAUACUUCGGAACACUUCAGUAACUCCAACACUUCAGAGAAAAAGGAAUCUGACCACGAUGGCUGUGGGGAACAAUUUGAUAAAACUGAAGGGACAACUGGAACAGAGAGCAGCUGUACAUUCACAGAGGAGAAAAGUGAAAUGGCUGAGAAGAAGCUCCCAAAAACAGAUCCUUACGUUCAAGAGAAGAACAAAAUAAGAAGCAGGCAUCCAGCGCCACAGGAAAAGAUGGCGGUAAGUGUAACCCCGGAGGAUUUAAGGAGCCAGCUCACGUCAGCGGUACAGGAUGCCCACACGGCUCUGAGUGACCAGCGCUGCCGCAACGCCAAGCAGUCUUUCUCGGAGGCUCUGAACCUACUGAAAUGUGCUGCGGAAAAGGAACUCAACAUCUCUGAACUUGACAAGAUACUUUUGGUUUAUGGUUACGCCGUUUCCCUUCAGGAAAUCGGACAGCCCGAGGAACUUACUGAAGCACUGAGGCAAUUUGACAAGCUCAAGGAUAUUGGUGGAAGACAGUUUCAGUGUUUGAUAUACUUUGGAAUUGGGAAGGUGCUCUUUAAAGAAAACCGGUUUUCAGAAGCUUUAGAUAAUUUUAAAAAUGCUCUGCUAAUGGUUAAACGACAGAUUGUACCAGGAAAACUGACCUGGCCUACUACAAAAGUUAUCAUCCAAGAAACUCAGACCGAGCAUUUAAAGAAUCUCUUGGAGCAGUAUAUUGAGAUGUGUAAGUUCCCACCAAAACCAGAUGCAGUUUGUUGUCAUCAGUCAUGUAUUAGCCAUUCAAAAAUUGAGAUUUAUUUCAACGACCCAGAUUUUAAGGGUUUCAUCAGGCUGAUAUGCUGCCAAAGCUGCAAUGUGGAGUUUCACAUUACUUGCUGGAAGAAAAUGAAAGCUGCAUUGUAUGGUGAUAAGACUGAGAAGGAAUUUCUCCAGGAAGCAUGUUUUACUCCAGAUUGUAGUGGUAAAAUCAUCCACAUUGUAAUAUAUGGUUCCACUGGUCUUGUCAAAUGUGAGUUUGAAUCCUCAGUUUCAAAGGGCACAGUUCCUGUAAAACUGAAAGUCAAACAGAAAUGUACAAGUCUGAAGAAGCUGAAAGCAAAAGAAGAGCGAAAGAUACGGAGGAAGCAACAUAAGGAGGCAGUGAAACAUGAGAACACUGAGCAAACACUGCAAAACAAAGCAAAAGAAAAUUCAGAAGAUGAACAUCAAGAUAAAGCUUCCCCUCAAGCUUGGCUGAUUUUUGGUGACCGUGUUCUACAGCAAAUAAGUGAGAACAAGGAACUUUUUAAAAAAGAGAACUUGGACAUAUCCAUCUUUGUGAAAAACCUUCAGCCGUGGGUUGACCUCGUUCAGAAGAAGGGGCACACAGACUGUGUACCUCGUUUGAAGGACCUUGAUACACUGGAAGAGGUGGCUCAUAUGGUCUUGGAAAGCAAGAACCGGGUGUUGGCAAGAGUGCUUGUUGAGUCAUUGAGCAGCAGCCUUAGCAUUAGUUCAAAACUUUGCAGUUGGGCUACUCGUCUAAAUUCUGCAGGUUUGAAUGCUGCAGAGGAGUUCAUCAGGCGACAUGCUGAGCAUCUGGAGGAACUGGACCUGGCCCCCUUGCUCUCCUUUAUGCCGCUACAAGACAUCUUAGUUGAGAAGUUUGGCACCGUGCCGGAGUUUUUCAGUGGUGCCGGACUCACUGUAACCGAAUACCUAAAACAAGCCCCAGCCCACGAGAUGCGCAUUUUCAUCUGGCUUCUUGAAGUGAACAGAGACCAGUUUGACUCUUGUCAACACGUACUUAAUGAGUAUUUUGAAAUAAUGGAUGGUGUUUGUGUUGUCAUUAAAAAGACAGAGAAUGAAAAAGGAAAUAAUUCUCCUGUUAAGACUAGAAAUAGAGGUAGGAAAAAGAAACAGAGGGAUCCUAAGUCUGUUAUUGUUUUGUCUGGAUCAAGAUGUGCGACUGUAAGAGAAGAUGAUGAAGACUUUUUCACUGAAGAAAAUUCUCUAAUUCUCCUUGGCAAUAAUGAUCCCUUUGUUGUACCUGAACACCUACGAGAUCAAGUGGCAAAUUUUGAAGGGCAAUAUGUUACCCGAUACAAGAGAAUUUUAGACAACAAUUUCCAAACAGAUCCUACCAAGGACAGUUUAUAUGAUUACUUUGCUCAGAUCUUUGAGGAGCAUGGACCACUAGAGGCAAAUGACCCCCUUCUUGUGGGUGAGUUGGAGAACUUCCCUGUGGAAGCCCAAGAAAGGAUUAGGGAUGCUGGUGGACUGAGAGACUUUCUUCUUGGCUCCCUCCGCUUUGUCACUAAGGGCUCUCGUAUUGGACUGAUGAAACAUGCUGUAUCGCUUCAAGACAGGACUGUGGAGACUGAUCACCCAAAUAUCACCACUUUGUCACCUCACAUGGAGGAUUUUGUUACAAAAGGAGCCUUUUUAAAUCCUUCUGCUAAGGAGUUUCAGCCUUUAUUUCUAAACUUCCCUCAGACUGAAAGCAGCGCUUAUAUGGAUGUUGGAGAUGUGGAAUUUGAUAGCAGUAUAACAGACUUUUCACAGACUUCCAUUAAUGCAUCUAAUGGUCAUUAUUUGAGUCAUUAUGGAUUUUACCCUGCUGAUGGAACUUACUUUACCGAGCCAUAUAAUGAAAAUGUAGACUGUGGAUCUUUCCAAGAGGCGUUUGGAAAUACACAGGAAGUUUUGAAAAAAAAUGUACUAGUACAGACCAUUUGUGAAAUUAAAGAUGAAGUUGCAGUUAACACAGAACCUUACGAACCAUUUGAAAAGGAUAAAGGGGAGCUACUAAAGAAAGAAAAAGAUAACAUUCAAUUUGAGAAAAAAAUUAAGCAAACAGAAAAAGGUUAUAUGCUGGAACAGCAGAGAAGGAAAGAGCGUAUUUCUGUCCUUGAAGAGGAGCUGAAAAACAUUAAUGAGAACAUAGAGGUCACAAAUAUUGAAUUGGAGAUAGUCCAACGGAAGCUAGAAGAAGAAGUGCGCAAAGAUCAGCAGGAAAAGAAGGAGAACCAGGAAACCCUUAAGGCCUUAAAAACAGAAAUUAAAGAGCUGACAGAUUUAUUUGAGGUCCUGUCCAAGAAAAUAACAGAGAAGAAUAAAGACUAUGAGGAACAGCUCAGUCACUUCCUAGAGAUAAGCAACCAGUUCGCAGCUGAAAAGAUGAGCCUGGAGGAUGAAAUACAACGAUACCAAGUCUUGUGUUCCCGGGCUGCUUCAAGAUCACUGGCCGCAGAGAUGUGUGUCUUGGAGAACCGACGCGAAUGUGGUCUCAGGGCUCUUCGCAAGUAUGUCUCAGAAAAGGAGAUGGUCCUAAACCAGAUGACAGAAAUGCAGAGCAGGUUCCCUUCACUUCAUCAUGAGCCGUUUUUUAAUAUGCUGCAAGCAGGUGUGCGAGAUGCCAAAGAGAAGAUCAAUAAAUUGGAGGUCCAGUACAAGGAGCAGGUGGAGCAGCUCAAGAAGGGUACCAGGUUGAAUUUUCUGCCACUGCUGCCGGUACCUGAUGUUCUUCCCACUCCGCUUCCAUCGUUUUUGAACCUACCGCCUGUUCCUCACCACCCGGGUCCACGGUACCACCUCUUUGCAACAAACAGCGUCAACCUACCAUCAGUCAGACAACAAUUCCAGCAGGGUGGGCCAAGGGCUUCGCCCCCUGUGGGUCCCACGCAGCGUGGCUCCUUCUCAGGCAGAGGCAGCCCGCAGCUGGACCCUGGAGUAACCAGGGCACAGCCGUUGUACAACCCCAGGGCCAGUGCAUCGCAGCACGCCAAUGCCUACGAGAAGAUCACCCAUCGGCUGAGUGGCAUGUUUCCUCACUACAGCAGGCCAGUACUGGAUAACUUCAUUCAGGAGGUGCGCACCACCAACAGAGGUUCUCUGAACAAUCUCUCCUAUGAGGAAGUUGUCAGCAGAGUGGCUCAGCUUAUCCUGGACCAUCAGGAGAACACCAGGCAACAGAUGAGCUCUUCGCAUGGCAGCGACAGUGGCAGUUUACGGUCAAAGGCCGCAGAACGCGGGACCCCAUCUCCUAGGUCCAGUUCCCCCGCUUCUAUCAGCGGUUCAUCCCAGCCAGUGCAGGCCUGGAAGACUGUAGGCUCUCAGCAUCGUUCCAGGUCCACAGCGUUGAAUGUUGAAGAUCCCUGUAUCAUCUGUCAUGAAGAAAUGUCUUUGGAGGAGUUGUGUGUUUUAGAGUGUCGGCACAGCUUCCACAGAGAGUGCAUUAAGUCAUGGCUGAAGGAGCAGAGCACCUGCCCCACGUGCAGAGAACACGCUCUCCUCCCAGAGGACUUCCCCGUGCUGCCCGGCCGCAUCCGCAGGGGCCACACACCUGCCGCCUUCUCCUGAAGUUGGGGAA